UCUGGAAAAUAUAAAAAACAUAUCACCGAAGGGUGUUGUUUACCGUUUAGCAGCUAUCGUAUUUUUCCGUCAGGCCGGGCGUAUGUCGAGGUUUUAUUCACAAUAUUCAUUGGAUUUGUUUUGAGUUAAUAUUUAUAAUUAUUGUUAUUAAUACGCCAAAUAGGUCAAGUUCUUUUAAAAACAAAAUUUCACCAUUUUUCUUGUUAAAAAUGUCACACGGCUCUGUGCGUACCUCAGUUUUACGAUCUGUCUGAACGCAUCAGCCAUUUUGUUUGUAUUAACAUCUCAUAAUUGUCAACUUUAACGAGGAAACUCGAAUUUUAUUCACCAACAAAACAUCUUGAUGUCCAUCUCCGGUAAUUCAAUCCUCUACGUCGGGAUUACAUAACUUUGAGAGAGAAUAAAAUGGUGUUAGUGGUCGGGGCUCGCGGUCCUGGGCACGGAUGGCGGCCCCAAUGAAAGAAGAGCUAGGUGGGGCGGUGGCGGCGUCCACAGAUAGUGUUGAAAGUUGCAAUGGUAACAAUAACAAUUCUAGCAGUAAUGCAAAUUUUGAAUAUGACGACAAUGAAUGGGAUAUUGGAAUAGGUGAUUUGAUUAUUGACUUAGACGCUGAUAUAGAAAAAACAGGUUCAACCUCAUCAACAACUACAACAGGUGAUACUCUCAGUAUCACUAAUAGCGGAACACUAACAGUCGGUGUAUCGGCUGGUGGUGGAGCCAUGUCAGGAGCUGCUGCAACAGCACCUUCAGCUAAUACAGCUGGCAGCAAUAAAACUAAUGUUGAACACUCAGCUACUGUUGAUAAAGGAUUAAAAAUGAAAAUUAAACGAACAAAAACAGGAACUAAGAGCUUUGAAGCCAAACAUGAAAUUGUCAAGCCUGGUGAACAAAAUGGGUCUGCAGCUUCUGCCCAAUCCCAGUCAAGUGGCAGCGCAUCUUCUAACGAUUCAUCUGGAUCAUCAAUAGAAUCAAAACAAAACAAUAAACAUGCUACUACAUCUAAUGCAAGUUCUUCUACUCUUACGAACAAUACUCCAUCAACUGCAAGUUCAGUAAAACGUGGUUCUAGCAGUCAUCGUAGAGAUAAAGUAAAAGAUAAGCAACAUGGUUCAUCUUCAAGUGUUGAGAAGUGUCAUAAAGGAAAUUCAAGUCUUACUUCAGAAUUAAAUGGUCGGAAUAAUGUUGCACAAUCAACUUCUAGAACUAAUGCAUUCCCAACAAUGACUAGCAAUAUCCAGACUCCUCCUAAUGUACCCAAUUCUGGAUCACAAGUAGGAGAAUCAGGAACCUCGACCAUUAAUGUGACUACUAAUGGGUCUGAACAAAAUAAAUCACCUUCAGUAAAUUCUUCUGAAAAUCCUUUAAAUAUAUCUAAAUCUUCUUCUUUUAUGUCUCUUGUGACAAAACCUUUACAAUCUACCUCGCCACCUCCAGCAAAUAAAGUAAAAUCUUCUAACUGUUCAACUUCUGUGUCUACAAUAGAACAUAAGGAAACAGCUGAUGCUUGUGUAGGAACUAGUAUCAGUAUUGGGACUGUCACAGAACCUGAUUGUUUUGGUCCAUGUGAACCAGGAACUCAUGUCAAUUUAGAAGGAAUUGUUUGGAAUGAAAUUGAAGGUGUUUUAGUUGUAAAUGUUACAUGGAGAGGAAAAACCUAUAUAGGGACUUUAUUAGAUUGUACUAGACAUGAUUGGGCUCCACCUAGAUUUUCUGAGGCAUCAGCUGGAGAACCUGAAUGUCGUCUACCACAGAAAGGACGUGGAAAACGAGGUCGAGCUAGUUUAACUGCUAGUCCAAGCAAUGAUUUAGUAAAUUUUACUGAGACUAGAUCAUCUGUCCACAGUAAACUCAGAAGUAAUGGAACUAAUAAAUGUAAUACUACUAAUAAUUCUAAUAGAAGAGGAACAUCAUCACCUACUCCUACAUCUUUUGCACCACCACGUUCCGAGUCUACAGGUUCAAAUAAAAGAAAGAAACCCCUUAGUUCUGAAGAUGAAACAUCAGGAAAGAAGAUUAAAGCAGAACCAGCUAGUCCUCCUCCUAUGUCACCUACCAUGUUAGAAUGUCCUGAUCCAAAUUGUUCAAAAAAGUAUAAAAAUGCCAAUGGUUUGAGAUAUCAUCAAUCUCAUGCUCAUGGAGCUGCAUUAGAUGAUGAAGAUGGUGAUACUAAAGAGUCAGGUGGAGCAAGUUAUUCUGAAAAUGAGGAUGACAUCAGUCCAGCUCCUAUGAGUAGCUUAAAUGUUCCAGAAAUCCAAAAAGAAGAACAAACAGUUAUUGAUAAUGCUGAACAAUCCCCAUCUUCUACUACUCCACCAGCUAUUGAAUCUGAUCCUCCUGCACCAUUACAAUCACCUCCGCUUUUAGUCCCCAAACCAAGUGUUUUACGUUUUAGUCUUUCAACAAAUGAGGAAACAAGUACUUCAACACCUAUAUCAACUACUCCCAAAACCGUUCUUUCAGUUCCUGUUGUUCAACCCUCGCCUACUCCACCACCAUUAUUACAACCAGCUACACCAAUACAGAAUAUUGCUCCCACUUCACAAUCACCACAACCUCAACCCCCCAUUUUGCAUGUACAAAGUCCUGCAUCUCAACAGUUACCACCUCAAGUUCAGCCUCUUGCAUUAAAUCAACCACAAGUUCAAAAAGUACCACAGUUUAAAGUUAAACCAGCUUCUGCAUUGAUGCCUAUGGAAGAUAAUUUGAAAGGAAAUAAAGAUACUAAAAAUAAAGUUUCUUCUACUCACAAGAAGAAAAAUCGUAAAUCCCCAGCUAGUAGCCCACGACCUUUUCCUAUUGACCAACCACAGUUUGAAAAUACCAACUGUGGACGUGAAGAUGUUCAGAGUCCAGCAUAUUCAGAUAUUUCAGAUGAUACUGCUCCAAUUCUUGAAGUUGAAAUGAAUGAUAGCAUAAACAAACCAAAAUUAUUACCUGGAGAUAAGAAAACUGAUCAAAAUACUGCUCUUUCUCCACAUUCAAUUCAACCUUACAAUAUGUAUUCUUCCUAUUAUGGUCAACCUCCAUAUUUGAUUUCUUCAAUGCAAUCAAACGACACAUCUAAACAAAUGAAAGAAACUGAUAAAACAAAUUCUCAAUCGCAAGAUUUGAAGUUGCCAAAUACUGGAGAUAAAGAUAAUAAAAAAGAUAUAUCCUCUAAUCAAGCAUCAGAUUACCAACAACAAAAACUUUUACAACAGUAUUUUACAUAUGAUGCUUUUGUUCAAAAUUAUCCUUAUAAUAUUGGAUCGGGUUAUCCAAUGUCUAUGGUUCAAGACAAAGAUUUGAAUAAAGAUGAAAAAAAUCAUCAGUCUUCUAUAGCAGGAUCAUUAAAUGUUCCUCAAACAAAUAAAAUUAAGUCUGAACAGGUAAAUCCUAAAGAUAAAUCUCAUCAAAAUGAAAACCAUCAAAUCAUGAAAGAAAGUAUUGAAAUGAAAUCUCAAAUGAAUUCUGCCUACAUGUUUUCACGACAGCAGCAACAACAACAACAACAACAACAGGAUGAUGCUAGACGUUAUUAUGGUUAUCCAGAUCAAAGACGCAAAGAACACAGUUCUAGUGAACACGCACAUAAUAAACCUAGCACACAAACAACCCCUACUAAACAUUCAACUCCUUUAAAUACAGCACAUAAACAUAAAGAUAAACAUGAUGAUAAAAAAGAUGACAAAUUGAAUAAAUCUUCUCAUUUGUCAGAGGGUGUGAAACCUACAAUGGAAACACAAGGUCCACCACCUCCACCAACAUCAUAUGCUUAUAUACAUCCAGGAUUUAUGCAAUCGCCUCAUUUUGCAGGUGCUUUAGCCUUUGAUCCUAUGUAUCGUAGUGCAAUUAAUCCAAUGUUGGUGCCUGGACCUUAUGGUAAUACUCCACCACCUUCUUACUUACAUCCUCAGAUACAUGCUCAAAUGCAACGAUACCAUGCUCCUGAAGACCUUUCUCGACCAGCAGCUUCAACACAAUCAACUAACUCAACACAAUCGCCAUCUGGACCAAAAGCUGCCCUUGAUCUCCUACAGCAUCAUGCUAGUCAAUAUUAUUCUUCUCAUAAAAUACAUGAAUUGCAAGAACGUGCCAUCAAAUCACCAACACCAAAAUCUAAUCCUCCUCCUGGACUUCCACCAGCUCCUUCACCAGGAACACGACAAUCGCCAUCUUUGAGCACAACAGGAGUAACAUUAUCUGCUUCAGAACGUUCUACGUCUGCUGGACCUCCUCCAGCAUCUCAAUCAUCCAGUAAACCAGGGUCAACUGGUGAUCCUAAAGACUGCCGAUCACCUCCUCCACAAAGGCAUGUACAUACUCAUCAUCAUACUCAUGUAGGUCUUGGAUACCCAUUGUAUCCAGCUCCUUACACUGGUAAGCCUUUAUAAAUUAUCAUGUGUAGUUCUAAAUUAUCGAGCUAUUAUCGAUAUAUUAACUUUUAAUAUGAUACAAUUAUUUUACUGGGGCAUUAUUUAUAUUUAAUUUCCCUGGAAACUUAUGUAAAUUAUAAGACGAUAAAUCAGUCUUAUAACUUUAAUUGUAUAUUUAAAAUUUUUAACUGACUAUUUGUAAUAAUUUGGCACCUUAUUUAAUUUUUUUUGGCUUUAUAGCCAAAAUGUAUUAUUGCUCAGAAGAAUAACUAGUGCAUUUAAUAUGAUAAAUAUAUUACAAUGGCUAAUUAUAUGAAAUAUUUCAAUUUUUUUACUUAAAUAUUGUAUUGAGGUUUAGUUGUCUGGGAAUAAAUUAUAAAGUAAUGUAAACAUAGAGUUGACUAUAAUGAUUAGUAUCAUAUAAAGCUAUGUAGUGUUCAUAAGAAUGUUGACUAUUUGUUGCAUGUUUUUGAUCUUUUUGAUCUUAUAACAUUUACAAACCAGUUUGAUCAAAGCUAAUCGUUAUUUACUUUAAUUUUUAGUUGAUAUUUUUUAUUAUUUAUAAUUUUUUUAUACACUUAAUUAUUAUCAAUUGUAUAUUUUUGUGUAGAAUCAUAAUUAUACAUGUAAUAUAAAUUUUAUUUACGGGAUACAUUUUCCUAAAGCUGGGGGUGGUUGUUAUUUGACUGUUGACUUCGGAUACUAUUAAUAUUGCAUCAAUUAAAAAAUGUUAAUGACUUUCAUUGUAGUAAUUAAAAUAUUUUACAAAAAAAUUUUUCACUUAAUUUUCUGAGGCUGUGAUUUCGAAUCGAGGUGAAAGAUUUGGUUUUAAAGUCUUAGGUGUACACACAUAUGUUCUUAUUGAUUAUAUAUUACAACUAUUUAAAAUUUGUAAGACCAUUAGUAUUUAAAGAAAUAAAUAAAAAAAAUUUUUAGUUGUGUAAGCAUAUUUGAAAAAUUGACAAGUAUUCUGUAUAGUAAUAUAUACAUACAAACCUGUGACUAAUAAAUUACAUUGUGAAUAUUUAAUAACAGUCAAUCUUUACUAUUGAUAUUUUAUUUAUUUAUAAAUACAUAUAUUGCAUGUAAAUACAUUAUGUGGGACUUUGUAUUAUAGUUGGAAAAUAUAUUUUAGUAUUUUUUGGAUAUUAGACAAAUAAAUUUAUA